AUGGGACAGAGCGAGAGGGAGGGAGGCGGCGGGAGCGACGACAGAAGCGACCGUGUGUUUUCACUUUGUAGUUUGCUCUCACUCACCGUGCACCUCGCGAGGCUGUCGGGACCAACCGACGACGCUCGAGCGACUCGUUCUCUCCCGGCAGCGGCGAGGAGGAUGAAGGGCAGGAAUCCUGGCAGUUUGUGGAGUUUCUAAGCAGACAGAAGAAGAAGAAGAAGAAGAAGCAGCAGCAGCACUGGCAGCCUCUCCAGCUCCACGUCUGUUUGACGCCUCUGUCUGCAGCACCACGCGCCCUGCUUCAUGAGCCAGCAGGAUGCGGCUGAGGUCCUCGCACUCUCCGAGCGCCUCCUCGUAGCGUCGCACAAGGGGCAAGCCGAGAAUGUGGUCCAGCUCAUCAACAAGGGCGCCAAAGUAGCCGUCACCAAGUAUGGCAGGAGCCCCCUGCACUUGGCCGCCUACAAAGGCCACGUUGAGGUGGUGCGUGUCCUGCUCAAAGCUGGCUGCGACCUGGACAUCCAAGACGACGGGGAGCAGACGGCGUUACAACGGGCCGCCAUGGUGGGAAACAGCGACGUCAUCAACGCUCUCAUCCAGGAAGGGUGUGCACUGGACAGACAGGACAAGGAUGGUAACACGGCUCUCCACGAGGUGUCCUGGCACGGAUUCAGCCAGUCGGUCAAAGUGCUGGUGAAGGCCGGAGCCAACGCUCACGCCAAAAACAAGGCAGGAAACACGGCGCUCCACCUUGCUUGUCAGAACGGUCACGCUCAGAGCUCCAAGGUUCUGCUCCUGGGAGGCUCCAGGCCCGACAACAAGAACCAUGCGGGGGAUACGUGUCUGCACGUGGCGGCUCGCUACAACCACGUGGCUGUGAUCCGCAUCUUGCUGGGAGCCUUUUGCUCCGUGUCGGAGAAAAACCUGGCUGGCGACACGCCGCUGCACGUGGCUGCUGCUCUGAAUCAUAAGAAGACGGUGCGUCUGCUGCUGGAGGCCGGAGCAGACAGCCACGUCUGCAACAAGGCGGGUCAGACGGCUCUGGUCCAGGCCAGAGAACACAACAACCCAGACGUGGCUCUUCUGCUGACCAAAGCUCCUCAGGUGCAGAGUUUUGUGCGUGGCAGGAGUGCGAGGAAGAGGAGAGAGAAGCUGAAGGCGGAGGGCAGAGCUCAGUCUGUGCCCAGAGAUGAGGUGCUGCACUGUAAGGACAGUGCAGCAGAUGACACCCAGAGCAGUGACCGAGCCGCCUGCAAACAUGCUGAGAUAACCGAGCCGAACGCCAAGAUGGGAAAGAACAGGAAGCAGAAAGAGAAACCGUCUUUGUCCGACCCGCUCCGCCGCAGAGAGACCAGGACCAGCGAAGGCUUCCACAAGAGGAAAUGCAAACCGCGAGGAGCCAACAUCCCUCCACACAACUACAAGGCCUAUCAGCUCUACACGCUGUACCGCGGCAAGGACGGCAAGGUCAUGCAGGCUCCUCUGAGCGGCUGCCGCUGUGAACCUCUCAUCAGUAAACUGGAGAACCAGCUGGAGGCCACCAAAGAGGAGAUGAAGACUGAAAUCCACACUGUCCAAGACCUGAUGAACAGCAAGAUGGGCCAGCUGGACCGCAAGAACAAACACCAGAUCCGAGCUCUCGAUAAGAUGACGGUGGAGCGACUGUCCGCUGAGAGGACCGAGUGUCUGCAGAGGAUCGAGCAGCGGGCCCUGCAGGAGCGGCUGGAGGCAGAGAAGAGACAGCAGGCGUCCCUGGUCAGCGAGCUGAAGAGCUGGUGUCUGUCCAAGCUGCACAACAUGGACCUUCGUUUCACAGGACCCCCCGGCAGCACCGAGCUGCGGCGCUGCUCCUCUGUGGCCGAGGGCCUGAACGAGGCCGACGGAGCCAACGGAGCCGGCUUCACUGUGCCGCCCUCUGGCCAGGGAGGCAGCUCGCAGUGCCUGGAGCUCCACGACAGUCCCAGUGCGGCAGAGGGCGGCUCAGCCAACCACUACUUUGUGGUUCAUGUGGAGAGCUCUCCAGAUGGGGAUAAGGCUCAUAAUGCAGAGGUCUCCUCUCCUGCACCAGCCAAGAGCCCGCUGUCGUCUGUCCAGGUAGUUCGGCCCAAGGAGCGUCCUGGGAUCUGCGCUGACACCCAGAGGAAGAACCAGGACCUGCAGGACAUGGACAGGGAGUACGGGGCGAAGGGGAGCAGGACUUACAGAUCCAGCAGCCUGUCUCCGGCCACAGAGCGCCGCUGCAGCGGCAGAACUGAAGCCGGGCUCAGAGGGAAACACCACAAGAAGCACUCCCAGGCCAGGACUAAGUCCAGAGGGGCCACAGGGGUCCGGACUCUGGAGGUCUUCGGAGACCAGCCCAGUGAACCCUCCUUUGCUCAGGAGAGGGACAACAUGCACGCUCAGGAGGUGACCCAGUACUUCUUCGAGGCGGUGUCGGCGCAGAUGGAGCGCUGGUACGAGAGGAAGGUGCAGGAGGCUCGCUGGCAGGCCGACCGGAGGGCUCAGGCCGACCGAGCCGCUCUGAUGGAGCGGAUCACGUACCUGGAGGACGAGCUACGCACGCGCAGGACUAACAGACAUGACGACUGCUAACACACACACACACACACACACACACACACACACACACACACACACUGCCACGCUGCAUAACAAAGUAUGUGAGGUUUCACCAUCUUUCAACAGCCAAAAGUCUGUUUCUGGACAGCCUUACUGAAUUCAUUCUGUCCAGGGCUGUGCGUCCUGGAGCCACUGUGUGUAUAUAUACAGUUUUUACAGCCCAACCGUACUUAAAUAUUGAUCUGUGUACCACGAUGAGGAGAAGAAAUGUGUAAAAGUGCAUGAUCUGCACAGUGGUGUCAUCGGAUUGUAGUUGUUGGAGGGCAUUACAGUAACAUAAGCUUUUUGUUGAUACCUGCAUGUUGUCCGAGUAACAACCUACUGCUUAUUUAUGAGAAUGUAACUGAACUAAUACUGUAAAUAACCCCCGAAGGUUUUUAGUUUUUUUUAGCAGACUGGCUUUCUGUAAUUGUACGCAUCUGUUCAUUCUUCUGGUUUGUGGCCGAGGAUUUCUACUCCAGUCGACACACUAGAGCUGCAACGAUUAGAGGAUUUAUCAAUUAGUUGAUCAAAAGAAAAGUCUCAGUUGUUGUUUUGUUUGUCUUUGAAGCAAAAUCACCAUAAAGUCUGAUUGCAGUUCCUUCAAUGUGAGGAUUUGCUGCUUUUUUUUAUUUUUUCCACUAUUUUCUGAGUUUUUACAGACAAAAAGAUGAAGUUUCUGCCUUGUCGACCCUGAACAGUUGAAUGUAUACGAAAGCUUCCAGAAUGCCGACGUCUUGCCACGCUUGUCUACCAGUAAAUGUACCGACGUUAAAGAUGAACUCUGUCAUGUUGCAUGAAGAAAGCUCAGACUGGUGUUGCAGGUUUACUGUCUGUUUGAUGUAGUGACUGUCCACUCAUACAUGCUGGUUAGUUUUACAGAUAUGGAUAUGAAUAAUGCACUCUGUAUGAUUAUGCUGGAAAACAUAUUUUGUAUUAAAAAAGAUGAUUCUGAA